AUGGGCGAAUUUACAAUUGGCACCCAUCCGCCCUACGUUCAUUUUCACACGGUGCGAUAUAACCUCCCCUCCAGCAAUCCAGGGGACACAGUAAAGUGGUAUUCAACUUUCAAGUUGGCGGCUCCUGCGGUCCGCACGCGGCCGGGCCGAGGAGGAGGAGGAGGAGGAGGAGGCGGUGAUGGCGGCGGCGGCGGCGCCGAGGCCCCGGGCCUCCCCACGGCGGGGUUAGAAAACGAUUUCCUUAAUUCUCCACCAAGAAAGACAGUCCGUUUUGGUGGGACCGUAACCGACAUAUUGCAGAAAUACAAAAAGGGCGAUACAAAAGACUUUGAGCUGUUAAAGCAUCAGUUAUCAGAUCCAGACAUAAAGGAUGCCCAGAUCAUUAACUGGCUGCUCGAAUUCCGCACCUCGGUCAUAUACUUGACAAAAGAUUUUGAACAUCUGGUCAGCAUUUUACUGAAAUUACCGUGGUUAACCAGAAGGCAAGAAGUGAUAGAGGAAUAUUUGUCUUUUCUCAGUAACCUCGUGUCGGCACAGACCGUCUUCCUGCGAUCAUGCCUCAGCAUGAUCGUGUCCCAUUUUGUACCUCCCCGAAUAAUUAUUAAGGAAGGUGAUGUGGAUAUUUCAGAUUCUGAUGAUGAAGAUGAAAAUCUCCCUGCCAAUUUCGACACGCGUCACAGGGCCUUGCAAAUCAUCGCAGGAUAUGUUCCUUCGACUCCAUGGUUUCUAAUGCAGAUAAUUGUGGAAAAAUUUCCAUUUAUCAGCAAGUCAGAGAGAACUUUGGAAUGCUACGUCCACAACCUGCUAAGAAUUAGUGUGUACUUUCCAUCACUGAGACAUGAAAUCCUGGAACUCAUUGUUGAAAAGCUCCUCAAGAUGGAUGUGGGGGCUUCACGCCAAGAUAUUGAGGAUGCUGAGGAAACAGCCGCUCAGACCGAUUAUGCGACCGAUGCCAGAGAAGGAUUAUUUGAAAUGGAGUUAAUAGUGGGCACAGUUCUUUGA